GUUUGAAGGUGAGGCCGUGCCUGUUAGACGUCGCGUUGUUGGGAAGUCCCCGCCAGAAGCAGAGUUGAGAGCAGCUCAGCUGGACAAACACUGUUGUCCAAGAACUUGGGCCGAGUUUGAGGCUGCAGGCAAAGCGUUGCUUGAGAACUGGGAUUCCCUUGCUGCCAAGAAUCUAUUGAUGCAGGUCUGCCAAGCAUUCCCUGAUGAGCAGUACCAAGCGGGUAUGUUCAGGCGAGGAGGUGUUGUAGGAACCCUGCGCUCCACGUGGAGUAGGUCAUGGCUUGCAGCAAUUUGUGCGCGAUUGCUGAAGGAGCACGAUCCCGAUUGCACCUUCACCUCAGUUUACCUAUCCAAUUCCCUAGCUAAGGAUAUGCAUAUCGAUGUUAGUAACCUCCCAGGUUCGCAGAACUGCAUUCUUCCCUUGUGCCUACCCAAGCGCGGUGGUGACUUGUGGGUUGAGCUAGGUUAUGGGGAUGUAGUUACAGGGCCCGUUGUAGAUCACGUAGAUACUCGCGGCAAAGUGCGGCAUGGCGUUGUGCACCGCCUGGACGAGGACGAGGUGUUCAAGUUUGACCCCAAGAGGUAUCAUUUUGUCACCCCCUUUAAGGGCACCCGAGUAGUGAUAGUGGGUUACACGUCUGACGUCCUUGGGAAAGCAUCGACAGAUGACCUUGACGGUCUUGCAGACUUAGGUUUCCAGUUGCCAGACUCUGUGUACCUUCGUGCCCCUCGCCAAGCACAGGAGGAGGAGGAGAAGGUAGGACUUAGUGCUGUGCAAUCCACCCCCGUCAACAAGGGUGGUGGAUGGGAGGAGACCUUCCCAGUUGCAGAUGGGUUUGUAGAUUUUCGUGUGAACUGGUCCUUGUCGCAUAGGAGCGUGUUGAAGGGGACCUUGUGCCAAGUGACUGUAGGAUUAGGAUGGCAAGCCUGUGUUUCCUCCACAGCUGUGCAAAACGGUGCAGCCGUUGUUGGUGAAGUGGCCGCGGCCGCCUCACAGAAAGAAGGGCUGUAUCGCAGAAAGGCUCCGCGUUUGUGGGGUCAGUUUCGUGACUCUUGCUUGUGCGACUUGUCGUGGGAGUGCGAUGGCGUGACCUUUCGUCUUGAGCAGUCGUCCUUGGACCCUAACUGGUGGAAGGUGCUCCAGGUGAAAGACGGUCAAGUUGUUGGUGCGUUGUUGGUUUAUGUUGACGACUUCUUGCUUUGUGGUUCGAGUGUCGUUCUCAGAAGCUUGGCGCAAGCGCUGCAGCACAAGUGGGCUACUACGCCGUUGGUGGUAGCAACGCCAGAGCAGCCGAUCAAGUUCUUGGGAGUUGACAUUCUUGUUGUCCCGCGUGGGUUUGUUCUGUCGCAGCAGUCCUAUGCGGAGGAGGUCCUGAGGAUUCACAGCGUUCCAGUGCAUGUUCGUGGACGGAUUCCGUGCCCCAGGGAGCUUGCGUCGUUUGAGGUCGUGGAGAGUGACGCUCCUCCAACAAGUGAGGCUGUACAUCAAGCUCAGCAAGUGACUGGUGCCCUGCUUUGGUUGUCGCAGAGGUCUCGCCCCGAUUUGGCCUUUACUUGUUCACUGUUGGCAAGCUUGGCCACUAAGGCUCCGCAUCGUGCGUUGCGUAUUGCUGAUCGGGCCUUGGGCUACCUCCAGAGAACGAAGUCGGCAUCGCUUGUGUUUGUUGCUGACAGUACGCAGUUGCAUGGUUGGAGUGAUGCUAGUUUCUCCCCUGAAGGAUCACGUUCUCAUGCUGGUUGGUGCGUGUGUUUGCAUGGUUGUCCCAUCGCUUGGCGCUCAGCAAGACAGGCGUUUGUAACCCUGUCCACGGCAGAGUCUGAGCUCAUGGCAUCGCUUGAGUGCGCAGUUGCGUUGGAGUCGAUGCAAGCCUUGCUGUUGUCUGUUGGUUUCAGUGUUGAGGACCGUGAGUUGCAUGUUGAUUCUCAAGCGUCGUUGGCCAUUUCUGAUGGCCACGGUAGUCAGACCACGUCACGCCGGGCUAGGCGCCUCAGGCGAAUGCAGAGAGCUAUUGAGGAUGAGCUUGCUUCACAGUUGCAGGGCAUGACUCUUGAUGAUCAGCCUUGUGUGCAGGAGCAGCCA